CAUUUUCAGAAGCGUCACCACCGUUCUCCCAUCCUCUCUCUCUCUCUCUCUCUCUCGUGGAGAAAGUGAGAAGCUCUAGUGCAGAGGAACUCGCGGGUUUCGGAGGUCGUCGAACCGCCUCGACGAUCGGAGGCGAUGAAGCGCGGUGAUCCCGGCGACCGCGCAUUCCGUCGCCGCCGCCGCUUCGCCUGAUCAUUUCAGUUUCCAGAAGAUUCCGGUUCUCUUCAAAUAAUUGCACUUAUGGCGCAGAAGAAACCCUAACACUGGAUGCCUCCAGAAGAUCCGGUGUGUCGGAGAUUGGCUUAUGCCUUGAGUUUGCCUUUAGGAGGUUUUGAGCUUGGAACAUUAGGUCAGAGAACCUGUUUGAGUGGGGAAACCAAGUUUCCUGGUUUUUCAGCUUUGAGGUGACGUUACUCAAAGUUGAAGUUUGGGACUAUCUGGUCAAAUGGAUUGUCUAGAGAACAUGAUGAAGGUUUCGACAGAUUGAAGUUUGAUUAUUCAGACAAGGGGCAGUGCAGAUAACAGGAGAGAAAGAUGCCGGGUGUUAGUGUGGCGCCUAGCCCAGUUCUGGAGUUCUCCUACCAAUAUGGUCCUCAUUUGAACAAACCGAUCCUGAUUUACCUCAGAGUUGCUGGGUCUCUGACUCCCAUGCCCAUUAGGGAGUCAGAUUCAAUUUUGUCUGUGAAGCUGAAGAUACAGGCAGACAGAGGGUUCUUUGUCAGAAAUCAGAAACUGUUCUUUGAUGGGAGAGAACUAGCUCAGAACAAUUCUUGUGUUCGAGACUAUGGGGUUGCCGAUGGAGACGUCUUGCACCUUGUGCUGAGGCUUUCAGAUCUUCAAGCUAUCACUGUCCGAACUGCUUGUGGGAAGGAAUAUGAGUUCCAUGUUGAGAGGAGCAGAAAGGUAGCAUAUGUGAAGCGACAGAUUGUGAGGAAGGGGCGAGGCUCUGUCAACCUGGAGAAUCAAGAACUGGUAUGUGAUUGUGAAGAGCUUGAAGAUCAGAGACUCAUCCACGACAUUUGUAGGAAGAACGGUGAUGCUGUUAUCCACUUGCUGGUCCGCAAAUCUGCUAAAGUGAGGCCUCAAACUGUUGACAAGCACUUUGAAGUGGUUAUUGAUGCAUCAGAUUUUAAUGAGCUUGCUGGUGUAGUUGGUGAAUAUCAGUCUUGGGACCUGUUGAAACCCAAUAUCAUAGAGAGUAGACCACUGCCAAAAGAUUUCCUAUUGGAACCUUUCAUUGUUAAUCGAGAAAUUGAACUGCCAUUUGUGUUAAAAGAGCUGAUUGAAUCUACCAUCCAGGGAUUGGAGAGAGGCAAUGAGCCCAUACGGUCUCCGGAGGGAUCGGGAGGAGCUUACCUCAUGCAAGAUUUUUCUGGCCUGGAGUAUGUGUCAGUUUUUAAGCCUAUUGAUGAAGAACCAAUGGCAGUGAAUAAUCCUCGGGGACUUCCAUUGUCACUAGAUGGUCAAGGGAUGAAAAAGGGCACGCGGGUAGGAGAGGGUGCACUGAGAGAAGUUGCAGCUUACAUCUUGGACCACCCAGUGGUUCACAAUUCAGAGAAGGGCUUUGCUGGGGUUCCGCCCACUGUUAUGGUGAGGUGUAUGCAUAGAGAGUUUAAUUAUCCAGAAGGUUAUGAGUACACAAGCAAGAAUUUCAAGAUAGGAUCACUGCAGAUGUUCGUGAAGAAUAUAGGAAGUUGUGAGGAUAUGGGACCCCGAGCUUUUCCCAUGGAUGAGGUACACAAGAUUUCUGUCUUGGACAUAAGGUUGGCAAAUGCAGAUAGGCAUGCAGGCAACAUAUUGAUCAGCAGGGAUGGUGAAGAUGGACGUGUAGUGCUUAUUCCUAUUGAUCAUGGAUACUGUCUGCCUGAAAAUUUUGAAGAUUGCACAUUUGAGUGGCUCUACUGGCCACAAGCUCAGCAGCCUUACUCUCCCGAAACUAUGGACUACAUCAAGUCACUGGAUGCUGAACAAGACAUUCAACUCUUGAAAUUUCAUGGGUGGGACUUGCCAGUUGAGUGUGCUCGUACCUUGCGCAUCUCUACUAUGCUUUUGAAGAAAGGUGUGGAGAGAGGGCUUACUCCCUUCGCCAUCGGAAGCAUGAUGUGUCGAGAAAGUCCCAGCAAGGAGUCUGUAAUUGAGCGGAUUGUCAAAGAAGCAGAGGAAAGUGUGCUUCCUGGAGCUAGUGAAGGUUCAUUUCUUGAAUCUGUCUCAGUGCUUAUGGAUCACUACCUCGAUGCACUUUCAAAUGAAGGCCAUUGAGUGAAUUUGUAUAUAUGUAGUGUCUACAUAGUGUGUGCAUGCUUGCAUGAAUGGACGGAAGUCCCUCUCCUGAGCUGAUCUGCUCUUGGGAAAUCUGUGCUAAUGCUUGGACUAUAUGCUUGUUCACUUGCAUCAUUCUCUGGUGCAUUAAUUUUUUUUUCCGGCAUCCAAGACAGCCCGAAGCUGCCACUUGGGCCAGGCAGGGUAAAAACACUAUGUGUGCUCUUCUGGGUUUUACAAGGGACAAUGAUUUGAGCAUUGGCGAUAUGAAAUCGACCUCUUUGCAA